CACUGCUGUUCUCAGUCAACGCCGGUCCACAGUCGAAGCGGAAUAAGUCGAGUUGGCCCGAGUGCAGGGCUUGUUGCAGACGACAUUUCAUUCUUGUUACGUGAGGUGGGAGAUUUAAUACAGGGAUUUGUUUCAACAUGGAUAUCUUCGCCCCCUUUGCAGCCUUGUUUUUUAUGAAUGCACUGCUAUGCUGCCAUUGUCAACUGACACUGAAAACGACCAUAAAUAUGAUGAAUAUCCGCGGUCAUGUAACCUUCAUGCAAUCAGCUGUGGGUCAAGAUACGACUGUGACCUUCAACUUGACCGGCAUUAGCGGUAGCGUGCAGUGGGAGCUGAGGCAGUCUUGGGUGGACCUGACAGUGAGAGACAAGUGUACGGACAUGGCUGUCGGCACCAGGGUCCCUGAUAUUGGAUCAACCAUAUCUACAGGCCAAGAGACAAUGACCAUAACAAACAGCGUCGUUCCCGAUCUGGCCAUCUUAUUGGGUCGCUCCCUUCUCCUGACUAAAGGCGGCGAGAAGGCGUGUGGAACUCUGGUGAAGCCGACCUCCAUGUACACGACAGCCUUCGCCCAACUACAGGGGCCCGUAAUCGGGGCUGUCUGGUUCCGCCAAGGUGAGCUGGGGAUGAUGACCGAGAUUCUGGCAGACCUCUUUCAACCAGCUUCAGCAGCCUCUAGCUACACGUGGAAGAUUUACUCAGGGAAGGCACCCGAUUGCAAAAGUCUGACUUCACUCUAUGACCCUGCUGUAAAAUCUGCUGGGGCGUGUUCGAUUCAAAACCCACGCGCAUGCGCAGUCGGUAAUCUGAACGGGAAGCAGGGCAAGGUGAUGGUUGGAGCCACGGCAGGGUCAGCCCGAAAGUUUCUCCAUGAUAUCAAUCUGCCGCUGUCAGGAGACGCGAGCAUCACAGACAACACACUCGUGAUCCUUGAUGAUGAUAAUACUAUUGUUUCCUGUGGGAUGAUCAAUACCGUUAAAGAGAAACACGCUUCGGCUAUGUUUAACAAAGGCAGAGUAGUAGGAAGUGUCCUUUUUAAACAAGCAUCGCCUUUCGAUGUGACAAACAUUCAUGUCAGUCUGGCGAGAUUGGCCAGUAAAGCAGGUGGGUACCACGUCCACCUGUAUCCUGUACCCUACCAAUACACAGCCAACCAGGCACUAUGUUCUCCAGAGGCUGUAGGUGGACACUGGAACCCUCUUGGUAUGCCUUUCCCUGCAAAUGGUUCCACUACAGAUCGCUUCGAGGUCGGUGACAUCAGCGGCAAGUUUGGAAGUCUUGCUGGUAAGGAUUCAUACUAUAAUUCAAUGAAAGACUAUAAUAUGCCAAUGUUCGGGCCGUACAGCAUCGUUGGACGAUCGGUUGUCAUUCACCAAAGUACUGCAGGCGCGCCCAGAUGGAUAUGUGCCAAUAUAAACGACGUAAGCCCAAGAUCUGUCGCUAUUGCCACUUUCAAAUUUCCGAUCAUUGGAAAAAUCAUGUUCAGUCAGUCAAUGGAUGACCCCAUGUCGGACACGUGGAUAUUCGGCGAGCUCAACUAUGCAGAUGGAACUGCCAACCCCAGCACGGGCCACAGAUGGAGCCUUCAUGAGAACAAGGUCGGCGAUGACGCGAUGAAGACAAGCGGUCGGUGCGCAUCCGUAGGCCCAAUCAGCAACCCGUUCAGAGUGAACAUGUCGGGAGAAUACGACUCUCAGUGUAAAAUGUCGAACCCGUUGCGUUGUCCUGUGGGAGCUAUGGCAAAGUUAACAGAUACCCUCAAAAUCAGGCUACCGAGUGGCGCCCCAUCCAGGUUCUUCUUUACGUCUAGAAAUGUGCCUCUUAGUGGACCUCCUGGUGUCGUAGGAAAAUCAAUGUUGAUUCGUUCCAAGGACAAUGGAGAAACUCCUCUAGCCUGUGCUGAUGUGAUUCAUUUGAGGACUCGAUACGCUACCGUGGACACCUGGGUCCAAAACGUGACUGGGUUCAUCAACUUUACCCAAAAGCAAGCUGACACUAAUCAUAAUACUGAGGUUUCAAUUGACAUCGAGAAUCUUGGCCAGGAGGCUGGCGGCUACCAUAUCCAUGAGUUCCCGGUACCGCCCAGUAGCAAGAGUCCCUGUUCGGGUGCUAGCGUGGCGGGGCACUACAAUCCAUUUAAAGUUAUCAAAGCUGAUGGUCCUGCCCCUGCAAAUGGAACUUAUGACCAAUAUGAGAUCGGAGACCUGAGCGGCAAGUAUGGCAUGCUGGAUAACGAAUCGACGAAGAAAAUAAAUAAAUAUGAUAAUAUGAUCAACUUGUUUGGACAGUACAGCGUUGUUGGAAGGUCUGUCGUCAUACACAAGAUGGUUGGCGGUGCUCGCUGGACCUGCGGCAAUAUCGUGGAGGAUGUGUCGAAGACAGGCGGCAUUAAGCACAUGGCGAAAGCUGUGUUCACAGCCAAAGACUCGGAUGUCAGUGGACAUGUCACUUUUACCCAGUACGUGUACGCCGAUGGUAGCAUGAGCGACGCCACCAUCUUUGUUUAUCUUGUAUACCCCGACGGCAGAAAUACAUUGGGACACAUGAUGGCCAUUGGCAGCCGUCCGGCAUGGCGCGACCGGAAGUCAAGCAGCAAACGAUGUGACAGCGCAGGCGCCAAGUUCAACCCUUUCCUCGUCAACACCAAUACGGGAUAUUCGGAGUGUUCCGUGUCAAAUCCUCUGCGGUGUGAAGCCGGCGACCUGUCAGGCAGACUUGGGCAUUGCAGUGUUGGUGAAAAGAAGUUCUACACGGACAUCAAUCUGUCAUUGUUUGGGAAAUAUUCAGUGGUGGGACAUUCUUUUGUGCUGUACGGGCCUGAUGGAGCAAUGAACCGGAUCGCAUGCGCCAACAUCCUGCCAGUGUCCGCCGCACAAUCAACCGUAAUCAUCCAGAAACUCUCCACAACAUCAACCCUUGAGAUCGCUCGCACAUACGCUCGGGCUUUGGGUACGAAUGAAUGGAACGUCGCGGUGUCUGGAGACGACACCAAAGGAGAUGGCUGCGUAUCAGUGGUCGUCCACUUCAUUGGCAGCGGAUCUAGCGGGUUGCAAGCUCGAUUUAACCAGAUGGUUGCGCAAGGAGGCAAUGGAAAAAUGGGGGCUUUCAGUCCUGUAACGUGCUCAGCGGAUAAAAUCAGUGUUUCCCUCCUGUUCGUGAGCAUGUUGCUAUUGUGCAAGAAGAUUCUGUUAUGACUGUAAUAUACCCAUAUGUUCAAAAAUGCAAAAUUCACUUAAAAGGACAAUGAUUUAUGAGUUAAAUUUGAAUAGGAUCUAAGAUUUCAAUUUAUGCAAAAAAAAUUGGUUAGUAGAAGCCAGGUAUCUGUCCUUGUAACAAGGGGGGCAAGACUAUUUCUUUGGGUCAAUCAUCAGCUAAGAUGUCUCUAAAAUGAAGGCUAGAGAGCCCUCGUUUUAAGGUAUUUUGGGAGUCAUAAUCGGGCUUUUUAUGUUCGUGACUCUUAAGGUUCUAUUUCAUUAUAUGUUUACCAUUGCAUAAAUUCCUAUACAUUAGGUUGGUUCGAAUCCCGUUCGCCCCGAUUAUGUUUCUAGGUUUGUCAGCACCAUCCCCGUUCACGUAGGUUUCACCAAAGUGGUAAACGUCUAAGACCUGAAUGACUUUGGGCUUUCCUCCCACAUUAAGGGACACUGGAAUGAUGUUCAAAACGGCUUUAAACCAACUCACUGACCCACUCCCUCCAAGUGUCUGCCUUUGUUUUAUUCAGGUACAGACACUCCCAUGUUGAACGUUGUUAUCUGAGGGAAUUUUGUGGCAGUGUUGAAAUCCAUGUUUGUGUGUCACUGUCCAUGUUGGAAGAACGUGGUAGUCUUUUAACCUGGUGAACGCCGUGUGUUUUGUGAUUCUCGCAUUGUUUUGCGAUGUUUCGUGGUGUUUUUUUAUUCUCGCGAUGUUUUGUUAUGCCCCGUGGUUCACUCUGUUUUGUGCAAAACAUUAGAUGUUUAACCCAAACAUGAUAUGACGUAGGAACCAGUUGUGGGUUUACGCACAGAGAAAUAGCAUUUACUGUUUGAUACAAGCUGUCAUUUCCAUAAGAUAUAGCUGUUACCUGUGGACGUCCAGGCUUGCACAUAACAGCAGGAUCUUUGUUUGUGCAAUAAUCACACAUUCCUGAAUCAAGUGUUCUCACGACAUCUCGAAUAUGUUUUUAUUACAUGUAGCCACAUAAAGCCCCAAAUAGAUUUUUUACCUUUAUAUUAUUGAAAUACAGAUGACAAGAAACAGGAAUCGCACCGAAACGCACAGACAGACAGACAAACAGACAUACGCACACACACACAAUUACUGAGACACAGGGCCCGGCGCUUUGGCGUAUCAAAUAUAGGGGAAUUGUCGGGAAACAAAUGCUUAUAUAUUGAAGUAGUGGUUCAAGUAAUGAAGUAGUAUCUCAAAAGUGCUUACAACAUAACAAUUGCAAUGUGUAGAGCACCACUCAUAACCAAAACUAAUCUACGCAACCUUGCCAACUGUUGUCAAAAUAGAGGUAAAUGGGAGAAGGAAACAUGUUUUGUAGCGAUCUAGGUUACUGGGCUUGUAGUGAAGGUUUGCAUUCUCGAACCUGCUACCUCGAAGUGUCUCGAAUCAUGCAGCAUGAAUCGAGAAAUGUCCACAAACUCCUCACAGCGGAACUCUAUACACAAAUAGGGUAACGUAUCAAGCGCUGGGACGGAGCGUGGACUGUUAACAACUAAGGGAGGUCACUCUUUUUUACGACAUGCCAUGGGUGUAUCACCAAGGUCAAAACAUUUGUCAUUUUAUGAGCAACUCAAUACGCUGCUACUAACACUCAUCAGCAAUAAACCCACAAUAAUGCAUUGCCACACAACAUAUGUAUAAUUAUGUUAACUAAUGUUUGUUUUGUUUUUGCUGUACUUAUUUCUAAUUACGAAUUUAGCAACGCCCAUUUUCAUUUGUCAUACUCUGAUUUGAUCUCCUACAUAAUUCUCCAUGUAACUAUGUGGCUUAUCAGAUCAAAUCGGUUUUAUGUAUUGGGUUGUAAUCUGCUUGGUCAGCAAAUUAUCUUCAUCAUAUAUGCAUACUUGUGUGAACCGACUAUUAAUCAUGUUUACAAAUAACAUUGUUUUACGUUUUAAGUGCUCAAAGAAUAAUAUUUGUCAGCUAAACAUGCCUCACGAAUAUUGAUCAUAUUUCCGUUUAUUUUCAGUAUUGUGUCCAAUAUCGUGUGGGCGUUUUGUUUAGUUUUCAUAUAUUCCUGUAAAUAGUCACGUCAUCUGUAUAGGAAUGUUUUUUCACAGCAAAUACAUAUUUUUUAACUCA